GCGGAGCAUGCACGGCAGUCGCAUUGUGGCCGCGCGCCGGGUCGCACGUGUUUCGCGUUAUGGUGUCCGUAGGGCCGUGGCGGCGCCGCGCGCCGGACGACGACGACCGGUCGGAGCCCGGGGCUUCCAGCUCCGGCGUGCCGCGCGCCCCGCCGAACUGCGCGCGUUGUCGCAACCACCGGCUAAAAGUGGAGCUGAAGGGGCACAAGCGCUAUUGCAAGUACCGGUACUGCAACUGCGAGAAGUGUAGACUGACGGCGGACAGGCAGAGGGUGAUGGCGCUGCAGACCGCGCUGCGGCGUGCUCAGGCUCAGGAUGAAGCUAGAGCGCGGGCGGCGGACGCAGGGCUCCACCCUCCCGGGAUCGAGCUAGAUCGGCCUGAACCGCCAGUGGUGAAAGCGCCGAGGAGUCCCGUGAUCCCGCCGCCGCCGCCGCGCUCCAUGGGAUCGGCGAGCUGCGACUCCGUUCCGGGAUCGCCCGGUGUAUCGCCGUAUGCGCCGCACCCGCCGUCCGCUCCGCCUCCGCCGAUGCCGCCGCUCCCGCCUCCGCAACCAGGUAAUCACAAAUUUGACUUUUUUGUGGUAGAGCUGGUUUUUAACUUGAAAAUAAGCUCAAUGAAUAACGUAGAGCUGCGAAAAAACCGGUUUAAAUUUUUAAAUAAAACAAGGUCCGAUUUCCUAUUGGAACACCUUAAGCUGGGUUGGUGACGCAACCGCAUUUCAAAAUAAUCUUAAUUUGCAAUAUAAGAGCUGCGAAACAACCGGUCUAGAAAUAUGCCUUAAGUAAUAAAACAAUACCGCAUCUUGCAACUCCCUCUUCUUAUUGGACUAUCUACUCUCCAGGCUAAAAUUCGAGACACCUCGAAAUAUUAAACGAUUGUUUCGUUUGAUAUUUCUACGCCUAAAUACAAUUAAAAAUGCAUUUAACAUUUUAAAUAAUUAAUAGACUCGGGCGUUAGUUUGCGGAAAUCCUUAUCAAUUAAGACAAAAA